CCUUCAGGCGAACAGCCAACAACAGUGAAUAACAAGGAUAUCUUCGAGCAAACUUUGGGAUCUAUACAUACUCUGCACCUGUGACUGCUCUAUCAGGAGCAGGCAAAGGAAAAGCCAAGGGAAAAGCCAGAAAAUGGUCUAUGAUAUGACCCACAUGGCGGCUGGGCCGCCGCAGAGCAUUGCGCUGAGUCGCUACUACCUGCCCGACGAGGACGAGAUGGUGGGCCCGAACAAUCCGCAUCUGGUCAGCGAGGACUAUGCGGCCAGCACGACCCUGGAUGUCGACAAGCGGUUCCAGGCGCGGAUGGCCUGUGAGACGGCUGCCCAACCGGCUCCUCCGCCGCCGCCCACGCCGGCACCCCGCCGCCGGACGACGCCCAUCGCCCACCUGGAUCCCUCGGAACUGGUGGGCCUUUCGCGGGAGGAGCGACGUCGCAGGAGGAGGGCAACCCUUAAAUAUAGGACAGCCCAUGCGACGAGGGAGAGGAUCCGCGUGGAGGCCUUCAACGUAUCUUUCGCCGAGCUGCGCAAGCUGCUGCCCACUUUGCCGCCGGACAAGAAGCUCUCCAAGAUCGAGAUCCUCAAGCUGGCCAUCUGCUACAUUGCCUAUCUGAAUCACGUGCUGGAGACGCCCUGAGACAGCGCCGGCGCCUCCAGCUUCGCCACCAGCUGCCUCUUCAACGAGGCCAACUUCUUCGCCCCCCCGU